AUGAGGAAUGAUGAUAUACAUCGUUCACGGUCGCCUGCAACUCGUCGGAAUGGUACACUUCAAUCAUGCGAGCCCUGUCGCCGUUCGAAGCAGCGAUGCGGCCAUGAGCGUCCCAUUUGUCGCAGAUGCGCCACUAAGAAAAUCAGUGAUAAAUGCUUUUAUCAUCCAGCUCCUAUGACCAGGCGCAGGCUCUCGCAGCAAGCUAAUUCAACAGUGGUACUAGCUCCAUCGAAUAGCUCAACUUCUUUGGAGCUGACCCGUCAACCAAUUUCCAGCUCUUCCAGUCCCGGGGCAUUGGGCCAAGGUCGAAUUUUUGUAUCAUUAGAGCCACCAUCUGCUCUUCCUGGAUAUUUAGGCUCAACAAGCUUUAGCGCGGUUCUCGCCGAACAUCGCAACGAGAUACCCUUUGAGCCAGAAGAAAACACCGACUCUUACCCUGUGUUAUCUGUGGAGCCGGACCGAGUCCAGUCCGGUGCAGACGUACUUUUGUUUCUUUGGAAUCUUCAUGGCCGUCGGCAGUUGAUUGAAAAUUAUUAUCCUCGAUCAUGCAAUGUGGUCGUACCUAGAGUUGUCACUGAUGCGAUCCUGAAUUCAAUCAAUGAGGUAUUCUCUGGUUUUAAUUCCAACGAUAUAAUGCCACAGUUGCAAGAUCUGGCGACUCAGAUAUUUCAGAACUCAUCUCGGUCAAUGACUACGCACCAAACGACGACUGUUCAAGAAUAUUGCUCGUCCUUUACAGGUCGUAAUACCCGUUGGGAGGCAAUAGGUAGCCUAUUUUCUCUAUUCGGCCUACAAUUGGUAGUCACGCCUGAAAAUGAUCCUAUUUUCUUGGAAGGAGCCGACCAAACUUGGCCGAAAAAUCGCCUUCUGGACCAGGUCAUAAUGGCAAGCACCAUCUGCAUCAACUUCUGCGAUCAAACCUCUUCCGCUAAUGAAUUACUGGCAUUUUUACAAUACAACUAUGUGAUGCUUUUGACACAGCAUUAUGGAGACUCAAGUAACAAAGCCUGGCGUCGGCUGGGUGAUUUGGUGGCUACAAUUUAUACUGCUGGAUUACAUCUUGACACAGAGAGCUCGGACGAAUAUCCUUUUUUCCGUCUUCAGUGGCGGAGAGGAUGCUUCAUCUCGGCUUUCUAUAUGGACAAGACGAUGGCAUCUUUCGUUGGCCGCCCACCUCUCAUGAACUAUCGAUACUGCAACCUAGAGCCUCCACUCGAUGUGAGCGACGAUGUUCUUAUCGAAGGGGGUGCUGCUUUUGAUCAAGCAGUAUCUGAACUUGACAGUAACGGUUGGAAUACUCUGGGACAAAUGUACCGAAUGACAUCGUCUCGGCUGCGAUUCCAGCUUGCCAUCUUCAGAGAACAAACCCUCGAUAUCGCGUUAGGAACCAAUAAGCCCAGUGAUCUGGUUCGUAAAUCCAACGAAAUACAAGAGCAGGUGCGUGCUGUAUGGGAAGCAGCCCCCGAUCAUAUUCGAUAUGACCGACAGCGGACACUCAUCAAACAUACAGGUGCUGAAGAGGGUGCACUGUGCGAUAUCUCCCGCCGUAUCCUGGGCAUCGUCAAUCAAAUUUGCAGUCAGCGAAAUCCGCUGGUUGACUUAGAUAGACAUUUUUCUUGGAUUGCACUCACGUACGGACUUCCCAGUGCAAGUGUUUUGCUUGUGGAACUUCUACACCAGUCACAACAGCCCAGCUCAUAUGUUGUUCUCCUCCCUCGCGCAGAACUGAUACGCAAUCUGAGUGUUUUCAUAUCACUACUGUCAUGGGUGGCACGUCCAGGCCAUGGUAAUUACAGUACAUGUAAAGCGGCAGAGAAGAAAUUGUCUCUGAUACUCGAUCAACUUUUGGACCCACAGCCGGUACAGGAAGAUAUGGUCCACGAUGUCACAUCUGGCCUAUCCAGUUUCUUGGACUGGUCAAACUAUAAUACUUGGGACUUCAACUCUGAGUAUUUUCCUGUGGCUGAUGCAUUCGUGCAAUGA